AUGAAGAUCGCUGUGAUUGGUCAGUCAGCUUUUGGCGUCGACGUCUAUAAGGCACUUCGUAAGAAUGGGCAUAAAAUUGUCGUUGUGUUCACCAUUCCUGACAAAAAUGGUCGAGAGGACUUACUUGCCGUGGAAGCUGCCAAAGACGGUAUUGCAGUGGAGAAACCGGCUAGAUGGAGGAAAAAAGUUGCGAAUGGGAAAUUUGAGGUGCUGCCUGAAAUGUUGGAACUUUAUCUCUCUUAUGGCGCUGAAUUGAAUGUGCUACCGUUUUGUACGCAGUUCAUUCCAAUUGAAAUUAUUGAGGCUCCGAUUCAUAGAAGUAUAAUUUAUCAUCCAUCUAUUCUACCAAAACACAGAGGAGCAUCGGCAAUAAACUGGACAUUAAUAGAAGGCGAUGAGUUGGCUGGAUUAACUGUUUUCUGGGCCGACGAUGGACUUGAUACCGGACCGAUUCUUCUUCAGAAGACUUGUAAAGUCGAAGAAAAUGACACACUAAACUCACUCUAUAGCAGAUUUCUCUAUCCAGUCGGAGUAGAUGCCAUGGCCGAAGCCGUUGAGCUUAUCGCCGCUGGAAAAGCAUCACGGAUCAAACAACCAGAAGAGGGCGCUUCGUAUGAGCCAUACAUCACUGCCAAACCGGAAUUAGCCGAAAUCGAUUGGAAAAAAACACAACAUCAGCUUCAUAACUUUAUCAGAGGCAAUGAUAAGGUACCAGGUGCUUGGGCUAUUUUGAAUGGACAAAAAGUGUCAGUGUUUGGUAGCACUCGUUGGCGCGGUGCCGUUCCGCCUCCAGGAGCCCGUGAAAUCGAGGUCGCUGAGAUUCCCCAAAAAAAACUAUACGUUCAUGAUGCCGGACUGCUUCUACCAGGCAGCGAUGGUCAUUGGGUAAAUGUGGAUACCAUCAAAGUUGGAUCGAAGACUAUGCCAGCGAAUAAAUUCGGCCUUGCUGAAGAGAAACGAGAGAAACUCGUUUAUACUGAGGAGGAGAUCAAAGUUGUGGAGAUUGUCAAGAAAAUUUGGGAGGCGAUUCUGAAGCAGCCGGUGUCUGAUGAGACGGAUUUCUUUGAGUCUGGUGCCACAUCCGCCGAUGUCACUCGCCUUGUUGAGGAAAUUAGAUUUAGCGCCAAGACUAAGCUCGAAAAUACGGAUGUCUAUAUGGCGCCGACGUUUUGUGAAAAUGCUCAAAUGGUUAUUAAAAAACUGCGAGGAGGCGAUAAUAUCACAAUCGUUUAUGAUGCGAUAGUGAUGAAUGUGAACGGAAUGGAAUUGAAAUUCCCGCAUGAGAUGUUUAUUGACGGAAAGUUCCAACCAUCUGCUAGCGGAAGAUGGGAGGAUACCAUCAAUCCCAAUGAUGAGUCCAUUAUCUGUCAGGUUCCGAAAGCUGAUGUCAACGAUGUGAACAAAGCAGUGGAAGCAGCGAAAGCAGCCUUUGAAACUGGCGAAUGGAGAAAGAUGUCUGCUCGUGAGCGUGGGAAAAGACUCUACAAGUUGGCUGACCUUAUGGAGCAACACAAGGAAGAGUUAGCCACCCUUGAAUCUCUGGAUUCUGGAGCAGUGUACACUUUGGCAUUGAAGACGCACAUCGGAAUGUCAAUCGACGUUUGGCGAUAUUUUGCAGGGUGGUGCGACAAAAUCCAGGGUGAUACUAUCCCCAUUUCAAAUGCUCGUCCGAAUUUCAAUUUAACUCUAACGAAAAGAGAACCGAUCGGAGUGGUCGGAAUAAUCACUCCGUGGAAUUAUCCGCUUAUGAUGCUUUCAUGGAAGAUGGCAGCAUGUUUGAGCGCUGGAAAUACGGUAAUCCACAAGCCUGCGCAGGUGACCCCACUCACUGCGCUGAAGUUCGCUGAGCUGUCUAUUUUGGCCGGAAUACCUAACGGAGUCAUUAACAUUGUUACAGGAUCUGGAGGAGAAGUCGGACAAGCUCUCGCAGACCAUCCACAUGUUCGAAAAAUUGGAUUCACUGGUUCAACGGAGGUUGGAGCACAGGUGAUGGCCAGCUGUGCACGGUCGAAUAUCAAAAAAGUCUCAUUGGAACUCGGAGGCAAAUCACCGCUCAUCAUAUUUGCCGAUGCUGAUCUUGACAGGGCCGUAAAGCAGACAUGCAAUGCGGUGUUCUUCAACAAAGGAGAGAAUUGUAUUGCUGCAGGACGAAUUUUCGUUGCAAACAGUAUCUAUGAUAGCUUUUUGAAGAGCUUAAUAGAAGACGCGAAAAAGAUUGUCAUCGGUGAUCCGCUUGAUCGAUCUACAGCACAUGGACCUCAAAAUCACAAAGCUCAUCUUGAGAAACUGAUACAGUAUGUGAAGAAAGCGGUUGCCGGUGGAGCAAAGGUCGAACAUAUGUUCGCUUGGAUUCAGCUUGCGUUUGGUGGUGAACGUCUUCCACGAUCCGGACUUUUCUUCCCGCCCACCAUUCUCAGCGAAGUUGAUGAUGAUAAUUUCGCUGCAAUUGAAGAAUCAUUCGGUCCCAUUAUGUGCGUUAGUGGAUUCGAUGACGAUGACAUUGACGGUUUGAUCCGAAGAGCGAACAGAACCGAAUUUGGGCUUGCUGCUGGAGUUUUUUCAAAGGAUGUAUCCAAAGUACUUCGUGUUUCGGAUAGGCUACAAGCUGGUACGGUAUUCAUCAACACCUAUCAGAAGACAGAUGUAGCAGCUCCAUUUGGAGGAUUUAAGCAGUCAGGCUUUGGGAAAGAUCUCGUACACACACCAAUGUAA